AUGGCCAUAGUCUUGCGAUUGACGGUCGACUUGGGUAAUCAUCGUGUCAAGGUUGUCUCAGAAAGAAUCAAGUAUUCCUCGAGGGAUAUUGCUUCUCACACAACUCUCAAGCCCAGAAAGGAUGGUCAGGACACCCAGGAUGAACUAGAAAGGAGAGACCUGAAAGAGGAGUUGGUGGAGCGUGAGCGGAGACACUUCUCAUCUAAAGACAAGGGUUAUGGUGAGGACAGAGACCGAAGAAAAAGUGGCCAUCACCUACUGGAAGGAUCAAGGAGAGAAGUUGAGGAUCGCAUUGUUCCACGCAGUGCAGAUGCUGAUGAUGCUGAUUUAGACAUCAAAAGUGAUGAUGACAGUGAUGAGGACGAUGAUGAUGAUGAUGAAGAUGAUACAGAAGCACUUUUAGCAGAGCUUGAACAAAUCAAGAAGGAACGAGCCGAGGAAAAACUACGCAAAGAACGUGAAGAGCAAGAAGAGGAGCUUAAACUGAAAGAGGCUGAGUUGAUAAGAGGGAACCCUUUGCUUAAUAAUCCAACUUCCACUUCCUUCAAUGUUAAACGAAGGUGGGAUGAUGAUGUGGUGUUCAAGAACCAGGCUCGUGGAGAGACAAAGGCUCCAAAGCGCUUCAUCAAUGACACCAUUCGUAGCGACUUCCAUCGCAAAUUUCUUCACAAAUACAUGAAGUAAUAAUCCAUCCAGUUGCUAAUAUUCUAAGAAUUUCUGCUCCAGUUUGUUUGUUAUCUUUGUAUAAUGCUUGAUAGUGUUGAAGUUGCUAAUAUGGGAAGGAUGAUUCUAGUUGGAAUAGUUAUUAUUAAUGUACAUUUGCCCCUUGUGUUUCUUCAAUCAGUGAGCGACUAUGAGUAGGAAAAAAGAUUAGGCU